AUGGCCAGCUCCUCGUCGUGUGCCUUCCACUGCUCCCGCGUCUCCAUCAGGUGCUCGGCCUCGGAGGGCGGCGGGCAGCACCGGAGCAGCAGCAGUAAUGCGGUCAGGGUGAACGGCGCGGCGCACCGUGCGCCGUUGCAGGUGGGCGCGGCGCUGGAGACGUCCAUCAACAGGUCGCUGGCCGAGCUGAGCGCGCCUGUGCUGACGCCGCCGCCGCCGCCGCUCACCGGGGGCGGCGAGGACCGCGUCCGGCGCCAGAACAUACCGACGGAGAAGCAGACCGUGGACCCGUUCCGGCAGGCGCUGAUCGUGGAGGGCGGCGUGCGGUACCAGCAGACGCUGGUGGUGCGGUCCUACGAGGUUGGCCCCGACAAGACGGCCACCAUGGAGACCGUGCUCAACCUUCUCCAGGAGACAGCGCUGAACCACGUGUGGAUGUCAGGCCUGCUGGGCGACGGCUUCGGCGCGACGCACGGGAUGAUCAAGAACAACCUCAUCUGGGUCGUCUCCAGGAUGCACGUCCAAGUCGAUCAGUACCCGAUCUGGGGAGAGGUGCUGGACAUCGACACGUGGGUGGGCUCGUCGGGGAAGAACGGCAUGCGGCGCGACUGGCUCAUCCGCGGCCGCAACUCCGGCGACAUCUUCGUGCGAGCAACCAGUACGUGGGUGAUGAUGAACAAGGUGACGAGGAGGCUGUCAAAGAUGCCGAAGGAGGUCCGGGGCGAGAUCGCGCCGUGGUUCAUCGACCGGCAUGCCAUCGAGGAGGAAGCCGCGGAGAAGAUCAUCAAGCUCGACAGCAACGCCAAGUAUGUCGACUCGGACCUCAAGCCGAAGCGAAGUGAUCUGGAUAUGAACCACCACGUCAACAAUGUAAAAUACGUGAGGUGGAUGCUUGAGACUCUUCCUGAUCACUUCCUGCAGCAGCACCAGCUUAGCAGCAUCAUCCUGGAGUACAGGAAGGAAUGUGGGAGCUCAGAUGUGGUGCAGUCCAUUUGCCAACCUGACGAAGACUCAGUUCCACCAGAGGAACAUGUCAGCAUGGUCACUGGGCCUUCCCUUUUGCCAGAGAUCAUCAGUGGCCACCACAGCUUGGCAGGUGCGCUCCAACAAUGGCCAACCAAGUACACGCAUCUUCUGCAACUGAAAGCAGGUGAUAAGCACGAGGAGAUUGUGCGAGGGAGAACUACAUGGAAGAAAAAAUCACAUAAAGCUCCCUGA